CGAAAGCAAAAUCUUUGUUCCUUUGUUAGGCCUACAUAAAUUACAGACGCUUGUAGCGAGAACCAACGUUUGAUACAGCCAGUAUUCACUACGUUUGCAGUGCAUUCUAUAUAUUAUCAAGACAUGGGUCGUUCACGAAAAGAUAGUUCCCCACAAAAGAGGAAGAUUAAGGAUGCCAACAGGCCAAAGAGGUCAACUUCAGCCUAUUUCUACUUUCUUCAUGAUUGUCGUGAAAAGGCAAAGGAAACUGGUGCACCCACUGCAAAGAUUGGCGAUUUCACCAAGGAGUGUUCAGUGAAGUGGAAUGCUCUGACUGAAGUAGAUAAAAAGCCAUUUUUGGCACGAGCACAAACAGAUAAGGAAAGGUAUCAAAAGGAGAUGGAAGCAUACACUGGGAAGAUAAAGGAUGUUAACAAACCAAAAAAGCCAGCAUCAUCAUAUUUCUGCUUUUUAGCAGAAUUUCGAAUUGACAUGAAAGGGAAAAAUGUUGAUCAUAAACAAAUGCUUUCUCUAGCUGGUGAAAAAUGGCGAGGUUUGAAUGAUGGUGACAAGCAGAAAUAUAUAGAAUUGGCUGCAAUAGAGCACAAGAAAUAUGAAAUUGCUAUGGAAGAAUACAGAAGGACCGGAGGUAAAAUGGCCAAGGGAGUGAAUGGAGUGGCUAUUGCCCCACCAGUUGUUGUUGAUGAAGAAGAGGAGGAUGAGGAGGAAGAUGAUGAAGAGGAGGGGGAAGAAGAUUAGUUUAGCUGUUCACUCAACAGUAUUUAGCACAAAAAGUACAGGGCAUACAUUGGAAAAUGAUACCAUGUGAAUGCUUGAUCAAACUUUUAGAGCAUACUCUUUAACAUCAAGAAAUUAGGAAAUGAUGUCUUAUGUUGACAGUAAAUAUCAGUUUGACGGAGCUGCAUUAUUUCUUAAUAUGAAACACAAAUUGCAGAAUCAGAUAUCCAUAUCAGCUAUUGGAAUGUUGUUUUAAAAGCAGCAAUAAAUAUUGUCACAAAUUCAGUAUUUCUUAUUAAAAUAUGGCUGAUUCAAAUAUUUUAAUAACUACAUCAACUACAUUUUAAGCUGACUCGCAAAAGAAGCCAUGUACAAAUGAUUGUUUUCAAUAACUUUAGGGCUGUCUACGACACAUGCUUGCGUAUUCCGAUGAAUUUUAAAAUGAUGGUGUACAGUGAAUGUAUGAAUGUGUAUAGUUUAAUACUUGUGCUCACCAGAUAGUUGAUAUAAUAGUUCCUGCAAAAUCAUUCUUUUUUAAUGAAAAUUCGGAUAGGUCAAGAACAGUUUGUCUUCUAUGUUUGGUUGUGCUUGAAUCUCUUUCUCUAGGAAUGUUUUUAACUACAUUUAAUUAAAUAUGGACACAAUAGGUUUUUCGCUGAUUUUAAUGCUCAAAGCAUGUACAUUUAUUUUACACAUCGGCAGAGCAGUAACCUACAGUCUUCCAUUUGAUGAAAAUUAAAUAAGAAAUUUGCUUAUGGUUCAAGAUUUAGUCUCUUACGUUUUGCAACAGGCUUAUCCAUAGUUGCUUUUUUUAGUCUAGCUUUGAAAUCCAAUUUGUAUGUGUUUAUAUGUUUCUUGCAAGAUCUGAAUCACUCCAUUAAACUAUUGUUGAGUUCUUUUAUGGUUGCAUAGAAUUAUUUUGUAAUCAUUUUGUACAGUUCGAAUUGGAUGCUGUUUUCAUCCUAGAUUAAACUAGUAGCUGAUCCACUAGAAAUAUUAUUGUACUUCGCCAAAAAUUGUUAAAUGCAUUUUACAAGGGUAUGUACAUGUAUGAAAUCCGCAAGACCUUGUCAAAAUCAAAAUUUAAAAAUGUGAUUACUUCAUGACAAAUGCAUUGUUGUGCUAUAGACUAGCUUAAAAAACAAUGAAAUGCCAAAACAAUUUAAGUAAACCUUGAAUGAAAUGAAUAGAAUAAUUGCAUCAUGACAUUGGAAGUGAAGUCUACGAAAACAUUCAACAAUCUGUUAUCAUGGUAACUUUAUUUCUAAAGUCAUUUUCAAGAAUUCAGAAUCCAAUCUUCUUAGCACAUUUUACAGUUUGGUCUUUGUAACAACUGAAUGAACUGUUUCAUGUACAGUGGCACAAUUGGUAGAAUACAUGGGUACAUUGUCACUAUAAAUAUAAAAUCUAAUGUCACUUAAAGGUGCAGACCCUAGUUUCAGUAAGUGAAAAUAGACACUAAGUUUAGUUAAUCUACAAACCUGCAACACACAUUUCGAUACGGUAACUUAUAACAUAGAGAUGCUAGUCUGUGAUAUUUAAAUAAAGAAAUACCAUCUUAAAAUAACUACAGUUCCUCGAUAACCAUCACUUUUCAGAUGCGUUUUUAGAAUUAUGAAGAAUGCAUUUUGGGGUAUUGCAAAAACCUGGAUGUCAAGAACCCGGUCAUGUGUAUGAAAAUUAAUAUUUUAAAUACUUAUAAUUUAAAUGAUUGAAAACGGCUUUAAUAGUGAAAAAUAUGUCGCAGUGUUUAAAAACUAGGGUCUGUCACUUUAAUUGGGGUUAUUUGCCACCUGGUAAUGAGGAAAUGUCCAUGCAUCAAUAGUGCUUGACCUAACAGGAUUUGAGUGUACAUGUUUAUGUAUUCAGUGUUUGUUGGUGUGUUUUGUUUUGUGUUUGUCUGUGUGUAUCUUGCAGGUUAAGAAUAUUAAACUCGUCGGUUACUGGUAAAGAUGUUAAAACCUUACACCAAGCAACCUUCUAAAUACUCGGAAUAAAAGUUCAUGUAACAUGCCGAAAUAUACUGCUAGCAUAGUUUUAAAUUGCACUGAUAAUUAAUCAUUGAGCCAAAAAUGUAUAUGCUAACAUUAAUCACACCCAGGUAUAAUUAAUUAUGCUAACCUCAAAAUAUUUCAUUUCAAAACCACUGAAAUCAUGGUAAGCUUUAACUUAAAUACAUUUUGGAAUAUCUACAACUGAAGCAGCUGUUACCAAAUUCAGGUAACGCAUUUCAUUUCUGCAUAACGUGUCAUGACCAAAUAAAUGAUGUUCUAUAUGCAAAACCAGGCUCAUGUGAUUGAUGCAUGAAUGAUAGUAUAAUUUUCACAUUUUUGAGAGGCCUGCUCUGUAUUAGCCCAUUAUAAUCUUGCACUAUUCUGAGGUUUCAACAUCUUUAUCUGUUGCUGGUGAUUCGCUGUUUGUUUCCUUAUGUGCUGUUUUUCAUUUUAAGAUGUAUGUGUAUUUCAUGUCAUGGAUAUUUAGUACUGCUAUAACAGGUGCAAAUAGAGGAUGAAGGCUUACAAUUAUCAGUAGUUAUUAGACUAAUACGUAUACCAUGUAGAAAGUAGAAAACAAUUAUCCCUAGUUGUAUGUUUCAUGGGGUUUCAAGUCAAAAUGCUUAUUGAAUGUACAUGAUUUUAAAAUUAAUUAAAAUAAAUAAAUAUAUAUAUACAGGUUUGUCUUCAAAUCUUGUAUGUUUAGUAGAACGGAUGUUAAUAUAAGAUAUAUAUCAUUUAUAAAAUAAAUUUUUAAUAUGAAAGUAAGAUUAAGAUUUAAUACAUGACAAUUCAAAUGUCUUCUUGUUCAGAUAAUAUAAUUUGAUCAAAUACAUUUUUGAUCUAGUUAGUAACAGGUAAAAAAAAAGGUUUGUAUUUCACAGGUUUGGCACAUAUAUUUUGACUCAUUUACAUUGACGGUCAUCAACCUUCAAGUUUGUGUAGAUAGUGGGUUUUUUAUCAUCCCACUAAAAGCAGCAUAAUCAAAGUUGCAUUUUGUAUAUUUUAUUCUUUUUGGUAAUCCUUGUAAAUAAUCUUUAAAAUUCCGGCUCUUUGAUUGGAUUUCUGAUUAUUUUAUUUGGCAUUCAUUGUGAUUUAAAAGAGCCAUGAUGUUAUUAACUGAGGUUGUUUGAACUACUGAUAAAUUAUUAUUCCUGAAUCAUAACCAUUUUAUAACAAAACCAUCAUUUAACUUUAUAAAAAUAAGGUAUACUCAGACAAAAAACAGUUGACUGAUAAUGUUACUGUGCUUUAUUGUAUACCAUAGAAUCAGUAUGUAUAGUCUUCCAUUGGUAUUAUAUUGGUAUAUAAAUACUGUGUUGCAUACCAUUAUGGUUUCAUUUAUGCAUUCGUGCUUUUGCAAAUGCUUAUAACGAAAAUGUUUACACAAUUUUGUUUUUAUAUUUUAUUGUAAAAAAUAAUUUUUACCUGACAAAAUGGCUCUUAAAUUUCGUUUAUUUUAAUGUUAUAAUUAUAAAAACUGAAGAGGUUAUAUAUAAUGUGGGAUUGGCAAUAUGCAGACGAUCAGUUAGAUUUUAUUUUACUCACAUCUUAACAGAGCUUUACAAUAAACCUGUGUUCUUGCUCUCUGCUUUAGUUGUGCCAGCUGCAUUUAAAAAAAUUACUUUCCUAUUCAAUAAUUAUUUCGUCAAUAUAACAUAAAUAAACAAAAUUCUCCAUUUAUGCACAUCUAUAUUAAAAAUUGCAGACAUGAAUGAUAUUCUGCAAAAUGAGACAUUUCUUUUAUCAUACUAUGUGAUUAGGGUAAUUUUUUGUGAGGCUUUUUUUAUGCAUGGCACAUAAAUUGGACCCAUCAACAUUUUAAUUUUAUGGUUAUCAUUAGUAUCAUUUCCAUAUGCACGGAACUGUUUUUGGUGAUUGUCCAUGCUGCAUCCGAAAUCACACACAUGAAAAAUUACCAUUAAUUAACAUGAAAAGAAAAUGGUGUUAUGUUUUACUCACAUCAAAAGGUAAAUGAUGCAUCUAAGCUUCUAUUUGUUGUAUGAAAACUUGUUUUUAUAAAUCAAAUUUGUCUAUAAUUCUUGUGCUUGUAUCAUAGAACUAUACACCAAAGAUCUCAGUUAUUCAUUUAAACUGUUUAUUGGCAUAAUUUUUCAUCAAUUUGUAUCAGUUUUAGAAAUGACUGUAAUUGUACUUAAUUACUAUACCUCAACUUUUUUGUAUAUCUAUUAAUUUUUAUUUUUGUCUAGUAUGAAAUAAAUACCUUUUUUUUCA